AUGCCGCUGUCGGGCAAUCGGACGCUCGUGGUGGACGACUCGAACAUUUCGGUCCGUGGGCCAGGCCAUGGCGGUGCUGGCUCGCGAUCGUCGACAGCUGCCCGUUCACUAAGCGCUGGCUCCUCGGCGUACGAGCGGGUCUUGGCGCCCGGCCCGCGGCUGGCCUCGUCCCACUUUGACAGCAGGCCGAGGAUCGAUGAGGAGCUCGAGGGUGAGCUCGGCGAGGUCUCGGGCAUCGGCCUCGAGAGUGGAAGCUACGUCAUGGCGCCGGAGAUCGUGCCUGCGAUGCAGACUCAGAUGCAGCUGUUGCACGAGCUGAUGACAGGGGUCAAGGAGCACCAGACUGCAGCAGCCGAGCAGGCUGCGCGCAAGGACGAGGUCAUUGCCGAGUUGCUCGCCCGGGUCGAGAAGCUUGAGAAAGAGUCGCGUGCGUUCAACGACGAUCCCGACGCCCAUGCAGAGCUGUGGCGCGAGAAGGAGAAGGUCGGGAGCCUCCAGCAGGAGGUGUGGACGCUGCAGGAGUCUGUUCAGGGCAUUGAGGCCUCGAUUCAGACCAUCCACGCACUGCAGGCCCAGACAACAGCGUCGGUCAAUACUGCGCUUCAGGCGGCGCUGGAGGCUCAGCGGGCGCCGAUGCUCGCCCUGCAGCGCGCCGGAGAGGCGCCGGCGCCGAUGCCAGCCGCGACAGCGGCGGCUGAUCUCGACGCGCUCGAGCUACGAGUCAUGCGCAAGAUUGACGAGGUUGCCACAAAGGCGGCGGCAGCAGCGCCGGUCCCAGUUGAAAGCUCGCCCACCCCUGGAGUCUCACCUGGUGACCUCGAAGCGCUGGAGCGGCGAAUUCUGCACACCAUCGAGGAGAGUGUGGCGGCUAUUCAAGCCCCUGCCGCGAUCGCCCAGGAGAGCAGCGUGUCGCCGGGUGAUCUAGACGCUCUGGAACUCCGGAUUCUGCGCAAGGUAGAUGCCACAAGCGCAAGCAACGAGGACGCGGUGCGCGAUGCCGCGGAUGCUGCCGCACGGGCGGUGACCGAACUCCGGGCCGAGCUGGCUGCGGUAGCUGCGGCACGUUCUGUCGAUGAUAGUCCGGCAGUCCGCGACGAGAGCAGUGGUGGAGGCGUGGAUGCCAGCACUUUUGCGGCGCUGGGCGAGCAAGUGGCCGGUUUGCGGUAUGCGCUCGAGUCUGUGGAACAGGACGUGGCAAGCCUCAGCGUCGAUCGUAACCACGAGCUGGAGCGGGUGCGCUCUCAGCUGAUGGAACUUGUAGAGGCCAGGGGUACGAGCAGCGGUGAGAGCAGCGAGAGCGCCAUCACGGUCUCACAGUUCAAGACGAUGCGGCGAGACCUUGCACAAGUCUACGAGGGGCUCAACAACGCCAAGGAGGAGGCCGUCUCGCACUCGAAAAUGGCGAGAAACGACGUGACUGAGCUCCGCGCGUUGGUGACAGAGCUGACAGAGCGAGUCGACGCGGUCGACGCGUCGUCGUCGGCGGCAGUGACAGAGGUUCUCGGCGCGGUGGAGCGGGUACAGGCCGAGGCGCUUGCAGCGCGGGAGGAGGCGAGUGCGGCCCGAGAGACGGCUAGCCGGCUGUCGCCGGACAAGUCCCGUGGGUUCUCUCCCGGCGUGGACGAGGACAAUGCCGGCGGCGAGUCGAGCGGCGCGCGGUCACUGCAGCGGCGGGUCAAGGGCGUGGAGAACCGGGUCAAGUCGCUGCGGAGCAGCUCCAAGGAGACUGCGGCAACAGUGGCGGAGCUCGACGAUCGGAUGGGGACGCUGCGGUCGGAUGUGUCGUCGGUUGUCUCGCAUGUUGUAGCGCUCAAGGAGCAGAUGGAUGGCUUGGUGACGCAGUCUUUCCCCGAGGUGUAUCAGGAUCUCGACGCACUGACAGCGUCGAUCGAGGCGCUCGAGGCGUAUGUGGAGUCGAACAAGACUUUCAACACCAAAAUCCAGGGAACGGUGAACCAGCUGAUGGACCGGGUAGUGUUUGGCGGCGAGGGCGGUCACGGCGAAGGCGGUGGGCGCACGAGCGGACCCACGGCAGCUGGACACGUCCAGCGCUGGGUCAACACGGCGUCGACAACCUCGUUUGGCGCGUCAACCAAUGCGUCCGGUGUGUACGGUGGUGGACAUGAGGGUGAUCGGCUUCCGUCGUCGUCGUCAUCAUCAUCGUCGUCGUCGUCGUCGUCCAACUCGCUCGAGUUUCCGCGUGCCGGUGGUGGCGGUGGCGGUGACGACCAUUACCAGUAUCGGUCCGGGCUAGGGCGGCGGUUCAACGACGAUGACGACGACGACGACCUUGGUCGGCCGUUUGGAGGUGGUGGACGAGGUGGCGGCGGUGGCGGGCGGCCGACGUCGUCGUAUGGUCGGCGGCCUGGGUCUGCGAGCAGCGGGCACGGCGACCGCGGUGGCGGUGGCGGCGGAGACGGUGGCGGUGGCGGGUACCGGCGGUACGCGAGUGGUGCCGGUGGAAGCUCGCUUGCUGAAACGGCCUCGCAGCUGCACUCGAUGAACGAGUCUGUGGAGGACGUGAUGCGGUCUGCGGAUGUGCUGCUCUCUGCAAUUGCCGACCUCAAGAACUCGCCGCGAAAAGGUGGCGAGCGUGUGCCGCUGGCGGUGAUGGACCCAAACGUGAUGUCGCCAAGCCGGCGACCGGUGCGGAGCAUUGUGGAGCCGGCUUCGCCGGAAGGAGCGCCGUCUCCGAUUGUGUUUGAGGUCUCUCACGCUAACACCACGGUGCUCACGCACCGACUGGAGAUGGAAAGACUUGGGUUUGACGUCGAGCACCUUGCGCAGAAGAUGGCGUGCGCGUCGCUUGAUAUGCAGCGCGAGCUUGUUGCGCUUGCCGGGCGGGUGGCCGAGAUGGAGACGAACGUGGGGGUGCUCGGAGCCAACGUCGCCGCCAACAACGGCAUCAAGCGCAAGACGGCACAGGUGGUGCGGCUGCUGCAGGGCCAGACGACCGAGCUGUUUGGCGAGCUCAACGCCCGGGUAGACGAGCUCGCCGGCGAGGUCCAGGAGCGAGUGGAGAGCCUUGUGGCGGCAGUCUCGCGAGUCGCCGGUGAUGCAGCCAGUGUGACGGCCGUCAAGGAAGCUGCCGAGGCAGCGGCGGCGCAGGUGGACAAGCUCGAUAGCUUGGCCAAGGCCAUGGCCGUCCGCGUCGACAAGGUGGAGGUUGGGCUCAACGCCGCUGCGGUGGCAGCAGCAGUCGAGGCGCGGAUGAACGGGUUCGAGGCCGAGGUCAAAUCUGUGGCAAAGAUGGUGGAAGAGGUAAGAACUGCUGCCGAAGCGGCUGGGGCUGAGGCCAAGGCUACUGCCGAGGCGGUAGCCGAGGAAUCUGUCGCCGGGAUCCAGGUGGUGUCUGAUGCGGUGGCUGAGGUCAAGGAAGUGGCCAGCGCAGCGGCGGUCGAGGCCAGGGCUGCGACUGAGACGGUGGCCGAGGUCAGGGCGGUUUCCGAUGCGGCGGCGGUCGAGGCCAGGGCUGUGACCGAGGCGGUGGCCGAGGUCAGGGCAUUGGCCGAGGCAUUCACGGCCGAGGCCAACGCUGCGACCGAGGCGGUGGCUGAGGCCAAGGUGGUGGCCAGUACGGCUGCGGCCGAGGCCAACGCUGCGACCAAGGUCGUGACCGAGGUCAAGGCAGUGGCUGACGCAUCCGUAGCCGAGGUCAGGGAAUUGGCCGAGGCAUCCGCGGUCGAGGCCAGGGCUGCGACCGAGGCAGUGGCUGAGGCCAAGGUGGUGGCCAGUACGGCUGCGGCCGAGGCCAACGCUGCGACCAAGGUCGUGGCCGAGGUCAAGGCAGUGGCUGACGCAUCCGUGGCCGAGGUCAAGACUGUGGCCGAUGCGGCGGCGGUCGAGGCCAGGGCUGCGACCGAGGCAGUGGCCGAGGUCAGGGCUUUGGCCGAGGCAUCCGCGGUCGAGGCCAACGCUGCGACCGAGGCGGUGGCCGAGGUCAGGGCAUUGGCCGAGGCAUUCACGGCCGAGGCCAACGCUGCGACCGAGGCAGUGGCUGAGGCCAAGGUGGUGGCCAGUACGGCUGCGGCCGAGGCCAACGCUGCGACCAAGGUCGUGGCCGAGAUCAAGGCAGUGGCUGACGCAUCCGUGGCCGAGGUCAAGACUGUGGCCGAUGUGGCGGCGGUCGAGGCCAGGGCAGCGACCGAGGCAGUGGCCGAGGUCAGGGCAUUGGCCGAGGCAUCCACGGCCGAGGCCAACGCUGCGACCAAGGCGGUGGCUGAAGUUCAGGCGGUGGCCGAGGCAUCCGUGGCCGAGGUCAAGGCAGUGGCCGAGGCAGCUGCGGCAGAGGUCAAGGCUGCCUUUGGUGCUGUGGCCAAUGUCAAGUCCGUAGCUGACGGUGCCGCUGCGCUAGCCGCCAACGCAAGUGCUGCUGCUGAGGAAACACGAUCCAUCUCCAUGGCAACCACCUCUGACCUUGACACCGUGGUGAGCACAGCCCUGUCGACCACAUCUGCGCUGGAGGCCGCUGUGGGUGCGCUGUCUGGCAAGAUCAGCAAGUUGGAGGCUGCCGUAGACGAAACACGGGAAGCGACGUCCGCCCUCGCGCUCGGCGCAUCGGGUGUGGCCGAGACUGACGCUCGGACCAUCGCUGCGUCUUUUGAGGCCGUUGUCUCGGAGACCAAGGCCGAUGUUGCACACGCCCUUGAGGCCAUCGACGGUCUGCGCGUCAUUGUGGCAGAGGCCAAGUCUGCUGGCAAGUCCGAGGCUGCCGUCAUCGGUGGUGACGUUGCCCGCGCGUUGGCUGUGGCCAACACCACCGCCAAGGUUGUUGCCGAGCUAGAGCACGUCACCGCGGUGGCCCAGCGCGACAGUGAGCGUGCACUCGCCGAUGUCGCUGCAGUCGCGGCAACUGUGGCUGCCGCACAAACUGAGAGUGGACGCCUGGCCACGCGCGUGUGCGCUAUUGAGGGCCCUGUUGUCGCCAAGCUUGAGGCCGCAGUUGCAACCUUGGCCGCCGAAAUGGAUGUUCUCGGGAGCCUUGAAGCCCGCGUUGCGAACGGACUGGAUGCGCUUAAGGACCUGGUUGAGGCCGAGACCGCCAGCCGCAACGACGCAAUCGCCGAUGUCGUGGCGGAUGUAGAGACGGUCAAGGGCUUGCUGCAGGAAGCUGAAGCUGCCCACAGCAGUGCAGUCGAGGCAGUCAUCAUUGAUGUAGACUCGCUGAAGGCUACCGCUGCCGAUAAUUGCGAUUCGCUCGAAUCUGUUGCCGCUGUCGUUGCCUCACAUGAGGCUGCAGUUGCUGACAUUGAGUCGCUGAAGGCCGCGUUUGCUGACAUCGAGUCGGUCAAGGCUGCGGUUGCUGACGUCGAGUCGGUCAAGGAUGCGGUUGCUGAAAUCGAGUCGCUGAAGGCCGCGUUUGCUGACAUCGAUGCGCUGAAGGCCGCGUUUGCUGACAUCGAGUCGGUCAAGGCUGCGGUUGCUGACGUCGACGCGCUGAAGGCUGCGGUUGCUGACAUCGAGUCGGUCAAGGCUGCAGUCGCUGACAUCGAGUCGGUCAAGGCUGCGGUUGCUGAAAUCGAGUCGCUGAAGGCCGCGUUUGCUGACAUCGACGCGCUGAAGGCCGCGUUUGCUGACAUCGAGUCGGUCAAGGCUGCAGUCGCUGACAUCGAGUCGGUCAAGGCUGCGGUUGCUGAAAUCGAGUCGCUGAAGGACAUCACCUCUGGAAUCGCCUCUCUGGAGGCUGCCAGUCUGGAGAAUUCCGAGUUGCUCAGGUCUGUUGCCGAUAACGUUUGCUCACUCGAGGCUGCAGUCGCUGACAUCGAGUCGGUCAAGGCUGCGGUUGCUGACAUCGAGUCGCUGAAGGCCGCGUUUGCUGACAUCGAGUCGGUCAAGGCUGCAGUCGCUGACAUCGAGUCGGUCAAGGCUGCGGUUGCUGACAUCGAGUCGCUGAAGGCCGCGUUUGCUGACAUCGACGCGCUGAAGGCCGCGUUUGCUGACAUCGAGUCGGUCAAGGCUGCAGUUGCUGACGUCGACGCGCUGAAGGCUGCAGUCGCUGACAUCGAGUCGGUCAAGGCUGCGGUUGCUGAAAUCGAGUCGCUGAAGGACAUCACCUCUGGAAUCGCCUCUCUGGAGGCCGCCAGUCUGGAGAAUUCCGAGUUGCUCAGGUCUGUUGCCGAUAACGUUUGCUCACUCGAGGCUGCAGUCGCUGACAUCGAGUCGGUCAAGGCUGCUACUGCUGACAACUGUGAAGCGCUCAAGUCUACUGCCGCCGACAUUUUCUCGCUCCAGGCUGCCACCAGCGCCGAUAUCGAGUCGCUGAAGACUACUACAGCUGGCAACCGCGACCUGCUCAAGUCGGUUGCUGCCGACAUCGACUCGCUCCACAGCACAACCACCGCUGACAUCGACUCGGUCAGGUCUACCGCCUCCUACAACUGCGAAUCGCUCAAGUCGGUCACGGCCGAUAUUGCCUCGCUGAAGGCCACAGCUACGCGCAUCGACUCGCUCCAGGCCGCCGCAGCAGCCGAAAUUGACUCACUCGCGUCCGCCCUGGCCUCAGAGUCCGAGUCUGCAAAGCUCCGCGCCGCUGUCACCGCCUCAGAGACCGCAAGGCUUGCACAGCUCGAGGCCGCAGUCGCUGCAGAGUCUGCGAAGCUCGCCAAGCUGGUGGCGGCCGAGCCCGAGCCAGCGAGCCCUUCUGUCGCAGACGCCGAGGCCGUGGCCACCGCCCUUUCCAAGGCCUCGAUGGCGCUGUCUGCAUCGUCGGCGCUGGGCAACGAGUCUGCACGACUCGCCGAUGCGCUCAGCACCUUCGAGAAGCAUGUGGCAGUGCGCGACAUCAGUAUCCUUGCCCGACUCGAUGCCGUCGAAUCGGCUGUUGAGGCCAAGCUGGCCGACGUCGACGCCAGCCUGCACGCCUUUGAGGUCCGCUUUGACAGCGACGAUGAGCCACCUCAGGCUGCCGACAUUGUCCGCCGGCUCGAUGACGUUGACGCCAAGCUCGCCGCCGCCCUUGCCGCCACCCCCUCGCGCGACGAGCUCAUCCAACUAGCCGAGUCGCUCGUCCCGCCGCUCACCUCGCCAGCCCCCGGCUCUGACGCUGAGCGUGUCGACGUCGUUGAGCGGGUCUGCGCCUCACUCGUCAACAAGGUCCAAGCCCUUGACGAGGAAGUUUCCCGCAUGGCGCCGACCCUCGUGCUCAACAAGGUUGCCAUCCUCUGGGACGAGCGCACCUCGGGCACCACAACCCGUCCAGGGCGCCCCGGCGACAUCGCAUCGUCCGCCACCUCCCCGGCGGCUCCAGAGGUCACCUUUGACCACCUCUCGCUCUUCCUGCUUCGCCUCAAGAACGUCGAGUCGCUCACCGCAACUCUCGCCGCUAGACUUGGCGUACCCUGCAGUGAUCCGUUUGCGGCGGCUGACGAGGACAAGGACGACGACGAUAGCCCCUUCGCAGCGGCUGACAACGACGACGACGACAGCCCCUUCGCAGCGGCAGACAACGACGACGACGAUAGCCCCUUCGCGGCGGCUGACAACGACGACGACGACAGCCCCUUCGCAGCGGCUGACAACGACGACUUCGCGGCGGCAGACAACGACGACGACGACGACCCGUUUGCGGCGGCUGACAACGACGACGACGACGACCCGUUUGCGGCGGCAGACAAGACGGCCGAUGACGAAAGCCCGGUCACUGGCAAGACAGAGCCGGUUUCGGUAUCUGGAGCAGGCGAACUGUUUGGCUCGGACGACGACGACGCGUCGGAUCCGUUUGCCCAUGGCGAGGCGUCCUCCGAUGGCGACAGCGGUGCCAUGCCGUCGGCGUCGGACGACGAGCCUGCGGCAGCCGAGCCCGAGGAGAUCUUUGCCACGGCUGAGGCCGGCGAGCUGUCGCCGGCAGGACGGCCUGGAAGCGGUGGCGAUGGUGUGGCUUUUGAGGUGACGGUGACGAACCCGAAGAAGGUCGGCUCGACGGUCAACCCGUACAUCUCGUACGAAGUCCACUCGGCGACGAACCUGCCGGGCUACUCGCGGGCGUCCAACUGUGUCGAUCGGCGUUUCCGCGAUUUUCUGUGGCUCCACGAGUGCCUCGCAAAGGAGGCCAAGGGCACCAUUGUGCCGCCGCUGCCUGAGAAGGCCUUUAUUGGCCGCUUCCGCGAGCACGUCAUCGAGUACCGCCGUGUGUGCCUCGAGCAGUUUCUGCUGCGGGUGGGGACGCACCCGACGCUGCGGAGCUCGCGGGUCCUGCGGGCCUUUUUGGAGGACAUCGAGGUGCCGUCGCCCAAGGGCGUCAAGGACGACGUCGUCGCCACCCUUACCUCGUUUGAUUACCGCUCGCUGGUCCCGCGAUCGACUACCCGCGAGCACGACGGCGCCUACGACGACGUCCUUGCCGCCGCCGCCGCGUCGGAUGCUGCGCUUCGUGAUCACGCCAUCGCCGCGCAGGCGCUCGUGAAAGCCACCCACAAGGAGGCCGACGGUUGGGGCGACUUUUGCAACGCGGCCAUGACCAUGACCGCUGACUACGAACCGACCGCUACGCCAGUCGAGCUCAUGCUCGACGUCAUCGCCUCGACGGCGUCGGAAGAGUCGGACCGCCUCGAGCAGCUCGCCGAGCUUGCAGACUCGUACCUAUGGAUCCCGACCAAGCGCGCCAUUCGCGGCCUUCGCGAGAUCAAGCGCUCGGUCGACGCCCGCAAUGCGGCGUGUGGCGAGUGGUGGGAGCUGGAGGAUCGCCUGACCAAGGCCGAGAAGAAGGCUGCCGACUCGGCGUCGUCGUCGGCCGCCGCAGCAGCAGCAGCAGGCGCUGACACCCACGCCACGACCUCGUCGACCCACAAGGAGUAUCAGAAGAUGGAGGAGAUGUCGAACCGGGUGGCUGUUGCCGCCGCUGCCUUUGACGCCUCGGACAACAGGCUCAAGGCCGAUCUCGACCUUGUCGCCGUCCAGCGGGUCGAGGACGCCGCAGCCGCUCUCGAGCGCUACGUCAGCAUGCGGGUCGAGUGCCACCAGGGCGGACUCGAGCUCUGGCGCCAGGCGCUUGAAGAUCUGGUCGAGGCCGCUGCCGAUACCCGUGGUCGCGACGCCGGGCGAUAA